UGAAACAGAAGACUCCUCUUCUUCGUUUUCUUCCGAUUCACCGCAGAGUUGUCGAAUACUACUGUAGUGAAUAUUUGUAACUCUAUCGGUAGAGCUGUGAAAGAUCGGACAUGGGCGUAAUCCGUCAACUGACACUGAUAGUCCUGGAAAGGACUUCUAGUGUUAUAUCCUUUUUUGAUUCAUUGAAUAAUUUAGCGAUUAAAGAGGUCUCUCAAAAAGGGAGUAAUUAUGAUGCCCUGACCGAGGAAACGCCUCAAGAAACCUUUAACAGGGUGAACUCUCGUGACAGAAAACUGAAUAGCUUGAAUACUGGUGAUAAAGAGAUACUCGGAUCUGGAGCCUUCGGCGUUGUCUAUAAAUCUCAUUUUAACGAUCUUCCAUGUGCUAUAAAAGAAGUCUUUGUAAAAGAUGACGAUGCCAAGAAAAAUAUUGAAAGGGAAGUGAAAUAUUUAUCCCAAGCUAUCCAUAAAAAUAUUAUCGAGCUGUAUGGUACGGUGGAGGACAAGGAUUCCAAAUUUGGGAUUGCGAUGGAGUUUGCAGACUGUGGAACACUCUAUGACUACAUACAUAAUAAAAAGGGAGACCAGAUGCGAAGUGAAUAUUCAGAUUCGACUGCUCUAAGUUGGAUGUGCCAAUUAGCCGAAGGUCUUGAAUAUUUACAUGCCAUGAAGCCGAAGCCAAUUAUCCAUCGGGAUAUUAAAACCAAAAACUUGUUACUUACCGACAAUUAUCGAGUAUUGAAGAUCGCAGAUUUUGGUACAACUAGAGAACAGGCUACUUUGAUGACAAAGGAUUAUGUUGGAACACCCGAAUAUAUGGCACCUGAGAUUUCCGUAAGCUUCACGUAUUCGGAGAAAAGCGAUGUUUACAGCUAUGGCAUCGUUUUCUGGGAGGUGAUGUCUCGAAAGAAACCCUUUUAUUAUUUAACAAAUGAAGAACCACUCAUCAUUAUGGAAAAAGUCACUAAAGGUGAACGGCCUCCCAUCGAGGAUACAAAGGAUCUCAAGAAUGUAAGAAACUUGAUUGAAAAGUGCUGGGAUAAAAAUCCAGAAAAACGACCAUCAAUGCACAAUUUAGUAUCCGAAUUAAGCAUUCUAUAAAUAUUAUUCGUUCCAAUCUAUUAAUUUUGAGUAUUCGAAAUAAAUGUACCACAUUUUUAUACGUACUAAAUAAAUAUUUCCUAUUUAUA